UGGAUACAUGUCAGAACAGUUUGACCAUUGUAUGAAUACUCUUGACAAUUAAAUAAUAGAAAACAAGUCAUACAUACAUUGUAGUUUCCAAAGUAUCAGAUAUUGUUUUCUGAUUUAGUGUUCAGUGGUUUUAAAAGCAUAGAUACCAUGAAACCCCUGGUUUAAACAAAUGUUUUAAGUAAAUUUGCAUGACCAUAAUGUGUCUGAACAUUUUACUUUUAUAAUUCCCAUUAUUCUGAAUGGUAAUUCUCGUUAAAACUCGUGUUGUUUAAAGUCAUACUGGUAAAGUGAGUAAAAAAUAUUUUACCAACACGGUAAAAUCUUUAUAUGCACAAAACUAUUUUCAAAAUUAACAAAUUACCCUAUUCAAAUUCAAGAUCACAUCAUCACACACGGUUGGAGCGCUGAUUAUUAUUAUUAUUAUUAUUAUUAUUUAUAUAAAAAAAAAAAAGAAUUUUCAAAUGUUUUGUAGAGACGUUAUGGGAGAAGUAGCGGAGAUGAGCGCGAGCCGGAGCGAGUUUUUAUUAUAAUUAUUAUUAUUUUACUGGAUAUUUCGAACCUGAGGGAGGUUCAAGAUCGUCCUGAACAUAACAACGCGUCGUUACCUUAGAAACAGAAUACGCUUCAUUUCAUUGGGUGUUAAACACACUUCUGAAAUAUUUUCGCUGAAGUUUCGAAUCAGCCAAUGAGAUGCGAUAUAAAAGUUUGAGGGCGGGACUUGUGCCGUCAGACGCGUCUCUGAUUGGAGGCUAUUGUUGUCCAUGCGAGAGUCUACCGGGUAUUGCAAACAACAUUUCACAGGGGACGCAACGCUGUUUUGAGACUCCAGGUCCAGUCCCAUUGAAUUGAAGGGAUGAAAACACGGUCGUCAUCUCCACCCGUCCACGUUCAUGUCCCUGACUCAACAUCUGUACAUGUCCACCUGAAGAAAAGUUCACAGAAGUGUCCAGCAGUGCCACCCAGCCAGCAAGGUAAAGGGAGCCAUUUACGAUCCACUGCCAGUGUGAAGGUACGAGCUCCCUGGGUUCCUCCUGGAAAGGCAUCUAGACGAAGGGAAUACAAGUGGGAGGGGGCGACACGCUGUUUGGAGAUCACACCAGGACCGGCCACUGACCCUUCUUCGCCUCCUCUGAGGCUCACUGAUUUGUCCAGCGAAGAGGAUGAUGCAAGAGGAGUAAUUGCCAACAUCCCCAAAUAUGAGCGAAAGAUUGAAAAUCUUAUGUCAGAGGUUGAAUCUAUGAGAAGUGAGGUAAAGCUACGGCAAACAGAGGACCAGUUGAAGCACCAGUCACAGCAGUUGAGUGCCUGUCACCGUUUGAUUGACCAACAUGAUGAAAAACUAGAGGAAGCCAAUAAGGACUUGAGGAGGUCAAAGCAUGAGAAUUCUGAUUUCCGGAGCACUGUAGAUGGGGCGCAUGGCGAGCCUGGUCAAUUAAGGUCAGAAACAGAACCUCCGCACCAGGAGAUAGAAACGCUGCUUAGGAAACUGGUGGAGGCUGAGAUAGACGGCCAAGCCGCAGUCAAACAAGUGGUGGAUCUCAGGGAAACCAUGGGCAAACUUAGGAAGGACAAAAAACAGUCAAAGAUGUACUCUGAUCAGCUGGGUCGGCAACAUGAGCUACUAGAGCAGAAGUUUAACACCUUUGAAGAGACAAACCGCACUCUCCGACGACUUCUGAGGGUGCAGCAUGGACAGGAGACAGAUGCGCUGCGGAUGUCUGAUGAGAGGGAGAUACUAAUGAGGAAACUAGCUGAUUCUGAGGCUAAAAAAAGGAAACUUGAGGCUAAACUCAACAACAAGGAAAGGGAGGCCAAUCAGCUAGCUGACAAUUUGGAAACCGAAAAGGACCAUCUGAGAGGCACCGGAGAGCUUUCCAAGGUUCUUGAAUCCACCCGUAGUCGUCUCCAGAACCAGCUGCACAAGAAAGAGGCUGAAAAUAACCAGCUGGAGACUCAGAUCCAUAGGCUGGAGAGCACGGUGCAGCAACAGCAGGUGGAGAUUCAGGGUCUGCUGGAGCAGAUGAGAGAGUUGAAGCAGCACUGUGAAGGGGACAGAGACAUCCACAACCAGGUCUUGGAGGACCAGAGAAAACGGGCUGAACAAAGUGUGAAUACAGCAGCCCAGCUCUCUACACAACUCCUGGAGAAGGCGACUCAGUUAGCGGAUGCUCUCUCUUCUGCUGAGGAGCUUAGGCAGCGUUACUCCAAACAGAACAGAGAGAAGAGCCAACUCGAGCUGGAGAUCACCACAUUAAACAAUCGGCUCAGUGAGUUGACUGAUCAGUUGCGCAGUUGUGAGGAGAAGUCCUGUGCUGAGAGAGAGGGGCUUCUCAGCCGUCUGCACUCCCUCACCUCAGAGACCACAUCAACCAAACUGGAGAACCAGAGACUCAAGACCACUCUGUCAACUACAGAAGACAGAUUGUCUUUGUUUCAGUCUGAGGUGAAACAGCUGAAGAUCUCUCUCAAAGACUUUGAGAGUCUGGUAGAGGGUUACAAGAGCCAGCUGCAAAAGACACGGCUGGAGUCUGAGGAAUACUCAUUGAGGCUGGAGCUGGCAGAGGCGGCGGCACGGAGUGACCGUGCAGAGGUGGAGAGAGAGUUGGAACAGGGCCGCAAGCAGCUCCAGGUGAGGCUGAAGGAGCUGGAGGUGCUGCAGGAUGCUCUGAAAUGCUCUGAGGAGCAGCUCAGGGAGGUCAGAGAGAACAUGCUCAUGCAGGACAGGAGAAAUGCAGAGCAGAACAGCACUCAUUCUGAACUCAGGAUCAAGAUGGAGCAGCAGAGUUGUCAAAUAGAGACUGUCCAAGAGAAGAACUUGUUUUUGCUUGAAGAAAACACUCAGCUGAAACACUCUCUGGAGAACAUGGAAAGGAAGUUGGAAGAGGUGAGCACUCAGAACAGGGAUAUGCUUCAGGUUAUUGCCAAGCGUGAAGAGACAAUCCACAACACACAGCUGCGUCUCGAGGAGAAGACGCAGGAGUGCGACUCCCUCUUCAGACAAGCAGAGCAAGCACAGAGACAGAUGGACCAGAGCCUAGAACGGAUGUUGUCCAAAGAACGGUCAGCUCAGUCCAAAAAGCUGGAUUUGGAGACCCAGUUGAGCCUGGCUAAAAAUGAGCUGGGUCAGCUACGCCGCAGCAAAGACGAUAUGGAGAAGCGAUUUCAGUGCAAACUUCAAGACAUGAAGAACCAGUUAGAGCAGAUGAACAGCACCAAUCGCAGCUUGCAGAACUAUGUUCACUACCUUAAGGCCUCAUACACUAAUGUAUUUGGAGACUCUGCACUCACAAGUUCACUGAACGUCCAUAUCUAA